GAUCGAACUUCCCAAUUUUCGUUUUAAAUCUUCAAAAUUUACACAAGUGCAGUUUUCAUCAAUCUAUGUAUUUUUACUCUGCAAGGACAAUUUCAUCAAUUCAUGUACAUUUACCCUGCAAGGACAAAAACACAAAAGGUGGCUUGUCUCAGGAAAAUGGUGGACCUCGCAGGCAUCUUAGCAUGAAACUGAUAACGAUCGUUGAUUGACUUAUCUCUGUGAACCCUGCCAGCUUGAUUGACAGGCAGCGUAAUGUCAAUUACUAGGUAGUUAUGUAAAACAAGCCGGUUACGUUAUGUGCACGUACCACUGAGAUAUGACCAAUACCAGUAUAAAUACAGAGAGAAACAAACACACAAACCAACAAAACAAUUGUUCGUCAUGAACUGUUAAGAUCGAUACAGGGACAUUUGCUUACAGGUGUCAGGACUUUUUAGUGCAAUUUGCUGUGGCGGAGUCUCCUCAUUUCCUUUUCGUUCACAGUACAAGACAAACCAACGAGGAAGACAAGACAAUAAAGAGAGAAUGACGAGAAUACCAGAUUACGCUCACAAUUUAUCAAUUAGAUUGUCUCAAGUGGUUGGUGGGGAUGUGAUGGGCGUUAAUGAGAAGAUGGUGAAGAAAAGAAGGAGAAUGUGGCUUCUGAAUGAAUCAAUAUUUUCGUUAACACAACAGCUACACGGUAAUGCUUUGAAAUGGUUCGUCAUCGGUAGUCAAAUAGAAGGUACAACAACACCAGAAUUACAAUCUGACACAGAUUGGCUUGGUUCUAUAAACAUUUAUAAUGUUAUACAAGACUUGAGUGAAUGGGAAUAUGGUAAACAAAAUCUGUUAAUGAUACAGGAUGAGAAUGUCUCCUUAGGAUAUUGUUUCUUACAAAUAUUAAGAGAUGAUGCUCCACUUCCACAAGAAGUUGAAGUUAAUGAUCAUUCAUAUACAGACGGAAUGGGGAGAAUAUUGUUGAAAAAUACAUUCGUUAAUGUUGUUAGACAUGUUGAAGCGGAAAGAAACGGCCCUGCUCAUUCUUUACAGCGUGUUCCUGGAGUCUUUUAUAUGGAUAUUGUUAAUGCUUUUCCCUGUCAGACAAGAUCAGUGCAACCACAACACUGGUUGAAUCAGCAUAUGGAAGGACAUUGGCCUACAAAUGAUAUGAUACAGUUCUGUAGGAACACAGGCUGUUUUGUUGUUGGUGUUGGAAAAAAGGGAAGUUUCAAUGAAGUGUUUGAAUGGAGAAUAUCCACAUCAUUAGCAGAGAGGUAUUUAAUGUUAAAUCUUAAUUUAACACAAAUCAGAUGUUAUGUUUUGAUGAAAAUGAUUUUGAAAACAUUUAUUCCUAAAAGGUUUUCCGAUAUUAUUUCAAGUUUUAUAUGUAAAACCGUUUUGUUACAUUGUAUUUCAUAUACAAGAUUUGACGAAUGGAAGGAAAAUAAUAUCUUUAUUUGUCUAUCAUUUUAUUUAUCAACACUUUACAACUGUGUUCAAAAUGAAUACUGUCCUCAUUUCUUCAUCACACAAAACAAUUUGAUGAGCGAGCGAUUUACUCCUGGAACAAAGCCGUUAAUACUUGAAACUCUUCGAUAUGUAAUCGAAAGUAAUGGGAGGGCAUUGCUCGAAAUUGAAUGCGACAACUUUGGUUUAUCCCUUCAGUCAAGUUUAAACGGGUUUCUACCAAGAGAUGCACAUUUUAUAUCGACUCACAUUGCUGGGUUUUUACUAACAGAUACUGUUCAGGCUGUAAAUAAAUGUGCCUUUAUUUUCUUACGUGAAAGGUCUGAUAAUUCACCAAGACAAACGAUGCAGAACCUUUUAACAUUAAUGCCAAAUCACCAUAAUGACAAUUUCACAAACAUAGAUAGAAUAGCUUACCGUUUGAUAACACAACAGUUAUGUGGUACACUUGGAACUAUUAUUGCAUCUUCCAACAUUAAACAACUAGACCAUUUAACAUACAAAAAGGCAAUUUCAUUUAUGUCAUUAGGAAUUGACACCGAUGUAGCAUCUCGUAGGCUGAAACUAGCAUCAAUGUUCUAUUGUGCCGAAGAUAUUGAGAAGACAGAAUUAAUACUAAAAAAUAUCGAGGAGCGUUAUGAUCUAAGUGUUGUUGAACCAAUGUGUACGUGUUACGAUUUCAAAAAAGCCCUAAGAAAAAAAGAAUUCAACAGAUCAUGCUACGAAUCAAAUGUGGAAUUCACACUGCUUAAACAUAUAACCGCAUUAUGUGUCUGCUUUAUACGAUGUGAAAUAAAUUGUUGUCCAUUGGAACUUCAACGUGAAAUGUUUAGAUCAACACAGGAAGACUUUACUUACAGAAGUGAAGAUAAUGAAUGGAUGGACAUGGCCGUUGUAGACUCUCUCCCUUACCUCUAUUUUUUGCAGUACAAGACAUAUUCCCGUCUAGGAAGACUAGAUGAUAAACAGAGGGCUCUCUCUAACAUUUCCAGAACCAUUGAUAAUGAACCAAAUCUCGGACACAGAGAAACAGCACUUAACCUUCUCGGGCAGUGUAUGGAACAAGAAUACCGCAAGGACGAUGCUUUGAAAUGCUUUCUGAAGUCCUUAAAGAUACGAAGUAGAAAUAAUGCCGCAAAGGUUCACAUAUUUAGACUGAUAGCGUCUUCUGCAUUGCUUCGUCAGGACGUUGUAGGUGAUAUUCUUGUUGCUCUGUCUUCCUUUAAAACAAUGAGUACUUUUGUUAUGUUCAUUGGGUUAUCUUUUAUAUGUUUCUAUAUAAGCAUUUCGGUGUUUUACUUAUUUCACCUUUUGUAACCAUAACGACUGUUAGAAUUUCACUUGGCGGGAAUUCAUUUUAUGUACAUUGUCUCGUUUAAAGGAAUAUGGUGGGGCUACGAGUGAGGUUUGGUGUACCAUUAGUAGGUAUAAACUCCCCAGCAGUACUAAUGCUGCUGACCGUUCCAAGGCGGCGCCACUCUUUGUUCCUCAGAUGUAUGUCUUUAUUGUUUCAUUCUGUUUCGGCGACGACUUUGUGUGUAUCCCUUGUUAGUUACUUGUCUAUGGUAAGUAUCAUCCCCUUUGCCCUUAGUUCUAUUUGCUUAGUUUACCGCCCCCUCUACCCUUCCCCGAAUCUCCUUUCCCAUUUCCCUGUGCCCUUAUACUUUGUGGGCCUAUUAUUUUAAUAAUUUAUUUGUGUUUUUUGAAUUCCUUAUCAGUUUCAAACUGUUUCUUCUUAUGUAUCAUUUUAGUGAUAAGCCUGUCCGUGCUGUAAUAAUGCAUGUUAUUUACCAAUUAUUGUCAGUAUUUGUAUUUGUGUCAGAUGUUGAUUAUGAAAUCAUAAAAAAUAUGCUUAUAUACUUUUAUGUUGUAUGUGUUUUACGAACAGAUCAAUCUAAUUUUUAUUUGUUUGGGACGUCAAAAUGAUUUGAUUGAAACCAAAAAACCUGUACAGAAGGAAAAAAGUCAUGGUCAUUGUGAAUAAGAUCAUUUAUUUUGUUUUCUGCAAAACAAGAUAUCGUGGAAGAUACUAGGAAACAAUGAACAGAGAAACAAUAAUCCUUUAAAUAUAUAUGGGGUGUAUAUGGAAAAAAACACUGAACAUUCGUGUAUAGUGUAUAUUAUACAGUGCCAUUUUAAUCCUCGCAAUGUUUGGAAAAUAAGUAUCUAAUUCAUGUAUAAGUCACUUAUUCUAUAGUUUUGAACGUUAUUAGUUUAUAUAGAAAUUGGCCAUCAGUGUUUUAUCAUUACAAUACCAGAAUGCUUUAUUAAUGGCGGGGUAUUUUGCCAAUUUACUGAUAUCUCAAACACAAUGUAAUUUGAAAUAUGUAAUCGGUGUCAUAUUAGGUACGGUAACAUGUUUAUCUAUGUGAAAGUAACAUCUUACAAAAUACGAGUCCAUUUAGACGAAUAACAAAUAGUAUCAUUGUUGCAUUUUGAAUCAUUAUGAGUAAAUAAAUAAUAUCAAAUGAAUAUAUUCACUUAAUCAAGAAACGCACUGGCAUUAAAAAAAUGUUACGGAUUUCUUAAAAGAAAAUAGCAAAAUUUUACACAUAAUAUAUAUUUACUAAUAUUCUGACCAACGAAGUAUUUAAGACAAACCAAUUUGAAAUAAUAAGCUGUAAGAAGUGUCAGGCACUGGAAAACAUGUGAAAUAUGAAUAAUGAAUGUUAGUAACCAAUUUAUUGUCUGUCUGUUAUAUGUAUUUUGGUCAGAUGUCGAGUAUGACAUCAUAUAAAAUUGCAUAUAUAUUUUUAUAUAUUAUCUGUGUUUUACGAACAGCUCAAUCCAAUAUUUCCAGUACUGACAUUGUAAAGCCAGUAUGUUUUCAGUAUUUAACAUUAUAUUAAAAUUUAUAAAUAAAAUUGUACAUACUUUUUGUCAAGUUAUUUUCUGUUUGAUGGUAUAUCAGCACUUAAAAUAUCAUGUAUUUUAAAUAUAAGGAAUACAACUCGUAUUGUUGUAUAAUGUAUUCAUACACUCCAGAGGUAUCUGUUUAAGAUUAUAUGAGUGGCUCUGUGAAUAAGUAUAUAAUCCGAACAUGUUUUGGAUUUUCAGAAUUUAAUCAUUAAUUUCAAUACUUGUCGGUAAAAGUAAACAUUUAACAGUGUUGAUAUUUCAGAUAUGUUUUGAAAGUUACUUUUGCUUCGGUCAAAAGUUGUCCGUUUUUUCAUUUCAAUAUUGUAUAUGUAUUUUUCUGGUUCUCCAAUAAAUAUAACACUUAAACUGCUGAA